AUGGGUGGCGUCCUAACCCUGCCCAACUUCCUCUCCUUCUUCCCCUCCAUCAACCCCUCUGCCGAGGGCCUCACACCAGCCGAGCAAUCCACCCGCUCCACCAACCAAGGUAUCGCCGUCGCCUCCUAUAACCUAGGCUGUUUCUUCGGCGCUAUCCUCACCAUCUUCAUCGGAAACCCCUUGGGCCGGAAAAGGAUGAUUAUGCUCGGUACCUCCAUCAUGAUAAUCGGCGCCAUUCUCCAAGCCUCGGCUACUACACUCCCGCAUUUUAUUCUGGGACGCAUUAUCACGGGGUUGGGAAACGGCGGGAAUACGUCCACGGUCCCGACGUGGCAGUCCGAGGCGUCAAGGGCGCACAAGCGGGGCAAACUGGUCAUGGUCGAGGGGGCGCUGAUUACGGGCGGGAUCAUGACUAGUUAUUGGGUUGAUCUGGGCAUGUCGUUUACGGCGCCGAGUAGUGUUUCGUGGCGGUUCCCGCUCGCGUUUCAGAUUGUGUUUUGUGUUUUUAUACUGGCGUUUAUUUGGGGACUGCCGGAGUCGCCUAGAUGGUUGAUUUUGAAGGGCCGCGAGGACGAAGCGAGGGUGGUGCUUGCCGCGCUCGCGGAUAGAGAGGUGGAGGACAAGGAGGUUAGGAAUGAGUUUAUCGAGAUCAAGGAUACGGUGGUCGAGAUGAGUAAGGGGACCUUUGGGGAUUUGUUUACCAUGGAUAAGGACAGAAACCUCCAUCGCACUCUCCUGGCAUACAUCAACCAGAUGUUCCAGCAAAUCUCCGGCAUAAAUCUCAUUACUUACUACGCUGCGGUCAUAUACAAAGGCCUGGGAAUGACCGAUUUCAUGUCUCGUCUUCUGGCCGCUCUCAACGGAACCGAGUACUUCAUCGCCUCCUGGCCGGCGGUGUUCCUAGUCGAGCGCGUGGGAAGGAGAAAACUCAUGCUUUUCGGUGCCGUGGGGCAAGCGGCCACCAUGGCGAUCCUGGCCGGGGUGAACUCGAGGUCCGAGACCGGGUUCCAGAUUGCGGGCAUAGUGUUUCUAUUCGUGUUUAACACCUUCUUUGCCGUUGGUUGGUUGGGCAUGACGUGGUUGUAUCCGGCGGAGAUUGUGUCCUUGAGGACUAGAGCACCUGCGAAUGCUUUGUCCACAUCUGCGAACUGGAUCUUCAAUUUCCUCGUUGUUAUGAUCACCCCCGUCGCCUUCAACAGCAUCGGCUACCAAACCUACAUUAUCUUCGCCGUUAUCAAUGCCUUCAUGGUCCCCAGCGUCUACUGGUUCUACCCUGAGACCGCGUAUCGUUCCCUGGAAGAAAUGGAUUCCAUUUUCCACAAGGUGAAAGGCACGUCGGGUUAUUUUUCGGUUGUGAAAGUAGCUCGUGAUGAGCCGCGGAGAUAUGGAAAGAAUGGGGACUUAUUAAUUGAUUAUGAGAAGACGGAAGAGCACAAGGGGCAUAUGAUGCACAACGAGGUUGGGCCUGUGGCUGGGGAUGAGACGGUUUAG